CGUGCCCCGCGGGACCCGUUGCGCCUCCCCCGCGGCGGCGGCGCGGCCCGAGCCCGUCCCGGCCUCUCCCGGCCCUUCCCGGCCCGAGCCCCGCGGGAGCCGCCCCGCCGCGCCCCGCCCCGCCAUGCCCCCCAAGAAGCAGCAGCAGCCGGCGGGGGGCAGCAAGAAGGCGGACCAGAAGAAGAAGGAGAAGAUCAUCGAGGACAAAACGUUUGGCCUAAAGAAUAAAAAAGGUGCAAAGCAGCAGAAGUUUAUCAAGGCUGUGACUCACCAGGUGAAGUUCGGUCAGCAGAAUCCACGGCAGGCUGCUCAAUCAGAAAGUGAGAAGAAAUUAAAGAAAGAAGAUAAGAAAAAGGAAUUACAAGAAUUAAAUGAGCUCUUCAAGCCUGUGGUUGCUGCACAGAAAAUUAGCAAAGGUGCUGACCCAAAAUCUGUAGUUUGUGCUUUCUUCAAGCAAGGGCAGUGCACUAAAGGAGACAAGUGCAAGUUUUCUCAUGAUUUGUCUUUGGAAAGGAAGUGUGAAAAACGAAGCGUCUACAUUGAUGCAAGAGAUGAAGACCUUGAAAAAGAUACAAUGGACAACUGGGAUGAGAAGAAGCUGGAAGAAGUGGUGAACAAGAAGCAUGGUGAGGCGGAAAAGAAAAAACCCAAAACCCAAAUAGUCUGCAAAUACUUCCUUGAUGCAAUUGAAAACAACAAAUAUGGAUGGUUUUGGGUGUGUCCGGGUGGAGGAGACAACUGUAUGUAUCGCCAUGCCCUGCCUCCAGGUUUUGUAUUAAAGAAAGACAAAAAGAAGGAAGAAAAGCAAGAUGAAAUCUCAUUAGAAGAUCUAAUAGAAAAAGAGCGUGCUGCCUUAGGACCAAAUGUUACCAAAAUUACUCUAGAGUGUUUCAUUGCAUGGAAGAGAAGAAAAAGACAAGAAAAAAUUGAUAAGGCUGAACAAGAUAUGGAGAGGAGGAAAGCAGAUUUUAAAGCUGGCAAAGCAUUGGUGAUUAGUGGACGCGAAGUAUUUGAGUUCAGGCCGGAGUUGGUUGAUGCAGAUGAUGAAGAGGCAGAUGACACCCAUUAUGUUCAAGGAGCGGGAGAUGAUGAUGAGAUGGAAGACCCUGUGUGCAUAAAUGAUGUAGAUUUGAACCUGUAUGUCCCCAAGGCAGUGGAGGAGACUGGUAUUACAGUGGCUAGUCCAGAGCGAUUCAGCACAUACACUUCAGUAGAAAAGGAUGAUAAUAAAUUAAGUGAAGCUUCUGGUGGUGAUAUAAACAACAGCGAGCAGAAUGAUUUAGAUGAAGAUAAUGAUGGAGAUGGGGAAUUGGAAAAUGGAGUAAUUGAUGCGGUUCCAGUUGAUGAAAAUCUUUUUACUGGAGAGGACUUGGAUGAACUAGAAGAAGAACUAAACACUCUUGAUUUAGAAGAAUGAACUAAAAAGCUCCAGCAAGGAAUUAAACCUAUGUGACAAAGUGAAAACUGACUACAUUUUUUCUCCUUUUUGAAUAGAAUUCUUAAACAAGAUGUUUAUGGUUAUGCAGCUGAAUAUGAUGGGCACGUGAUAUACCAGGAAUGUUUUCCUUCAGUUUCAUCUACUCCAGUCUUGACUAUGCUCACAGUAAAACGUUCAGAGUAGUUCAGAAUUACCCGACAGCUGAAUUUGCAGACAGUGAGAUUAUAGCUUUCUUCUAAGAGUAGGAAGUGUAACUGCUUUGCCAGUAUGCAAGUGGGCAAUUUGACAUCAGAUGCAGUACAAAAAAAUCCAAGUAUACAUUCUUCACAAAAGCUGCAUUUUUUAUUAGCGAUUGUGUUGAUUUGGAAACUGCCUGAAGCGGUUUUUAGGCAGGGUACUCUCAUGGAGCUGAUGCAGAUUAUGCUUCUUUAAGUGGUGAUUAGCUUUAUUUGAUCAGCUGGAUACUGAAGAUUGUGAACUGAUAUUUCAUACAAUACAGUACAGUGCCCUCUGUUUAAAAUGUUUUCAACUUUCCCACCGCCUUUUGCCAAUAAAUCUGUAAAUAAAAAUUAUCAACUUUAAA